AUGAGCUUCAAACGUGCUCGUGCAGCAGACCAAACCCAAGGUUCCUGUUACUUUGAUCUCCAUGGGUAUGAAGACACGUUGCCUAGUGAAGGCGGGGACAUCGAGGCUGCUAAGAAGUUUCGACGUCUGCUGGUCGAGAGGUUUUUGGAUGGUUCUGCUACGGCAACCGACACUUGUCAGCUUGCUUACUGGCACGUGGCAUCAGGGGGUGAGGGUGCUGAGGAUCUGGCUUUGAACCCUCGGUCCGCUAGUCGUCAUGCAGCUGAACAUCUGAGGUGCCAUCUGAAUAAAGAAUUCCCGGAGCCUGAUGUGGAAAUGGUUUCAGUUCCGAUGCAUCUGAAGAAGUCUGCUGGAAGGACCCUCGUACAGCACCCCACCCGUGUGACUUCGAUCAUGAUACGCAAUGAGCUGAUGGAGCUUGGUAUUCUUGAAGGCACAGCAUCUCCUGAGAUUGUGCAAGACUUCUUGAAACACGACGAGGAGCUAGGGGAUCUAUACGAACGCCAUUGUGUCACGAUCGAAGCUCUCCGCCAAGGUUUCUCGCGAGAACACAUC